AUGCAAGCAAAUCCAUAUGCAAAAGGAUUGCAAGAUAAGAAGAUUGAGAUGCUUGAUGAAUUAUCUAUUGUGUCUGGCAAUGAUCAAGCUACCGGUGAAUGGGCAUGUUCUGCCAAGGAUGUAAAUGCUAACUAUUCAAAGAAAACAAAUGAUAGUGAGGAUGAGUAUUCACAUCUCUUAUAUCCCAUUGACAACAUGGUGGCAAACGACGAAAUGGAGGUAUAUAAGUGUCAACAGCCCAUAGGAGAUGGGAAGAAAAGAGGAAAGAACAUAGUUUGGUUUAAAGGGAUGGAUAAGUGUCAUAUUUUAGAACUAGUGCAUCAAGCUAAUGAAGGUUGUGAGCAUUGUGUUAAUCGCUUAAAAACUAUCAAGAAAAAAUAUAGAUUGGUAGAGGAAAUGUUGAGUAAAAGUGGAUUCUCUUGGAAUCCAAUGACAAAAAUGGUUGAAUGCAGUGAUCAAGUAUGGACUGCAUAUGUUGCCGCAAAUCCAGAUGCAAAAGGAUUACGAGGUAAGAAGAUUGAGAUGCUUGAUGAAUUAUCUAUUUUGUGUGGCAAUGAUCAAGUUACUGGUGAAUGGGCAUGUUCUGGCAAGGAUCUAAAUGCUAACUAUUCAAAGAAAACAAAUGAUAGUGAGGAUGAGUAUUCACAUCUCUUCAAUCCCAUUGACAACAUGGUGGCAAACGACGUGGGUGACAUAGAAGGAAAUGAAUUUGCAACUCAACAAGGCAAUACUAGUAGCCAAAAACCUACACUAGGCAAGCACAACCACAGAUCUUCAAAGACAGUGACAGAGCAGUCAAAGAAGUCAAAAGGUGCAGAGCUUGUUGCUGAAACAAUGGUUGCCGUUGCAACUAACAUGGUGAGAUUGGCUGAUGCAUAUGAGAAGAGUAAGCCUUGCAUAGAUUAUUUGGAACUUUACAAGGCCGUAAUGGAUAUUGAAGAGCUUGAUAUCAAUAGCCGAAUGACUACUUUUGAAUACUUGAACAGAGAUCCAAUAAAAGCUAGAGCAUUCCUGAUAUAUCCUCAAGAUAUGCGUUACUUGUUUUUAAUUUGA